AUGUUUCGUUCGUUACUCAGUGGCCGCUCCAUAGCUGUCCUCCGUACUCGUCAAUGUGCAAGCAUUUCUGCUGUGUUUAAUACUAGUAACAAUGCAUGGAGAGUCCAUGAUCUUGAUACCAUCUACGCGCUGUCUUCUGGAUCGGGUAAAUCUGGCGUAGCGAUUAUUCGAAUCUCUGGCGACCAGGCAGACUCGUGCCUUCAGCAGCUCAGUAUGUCCAUGAAGCUGCCAAAACCUCGGGUUGCUGUGUUAAGAAAACUUUACCAUCCAAAGACGAAGGAGCACUUAGACGACGCUUUGGUGUUACGAUUUCCUCACCCGAAAAGCUUUACAGGUGAAGAUAUUGUCGAACUGCAUACACAUGGAAGUGUUGCGGUAGUCUCUGGUGUAUUGGAAGCCCUAAGUCAUGUACCUCACUGCCGUGCUGCAGAAGCGGGAGAAUUUACAGAACGAGCAUUUGAUAACAAUAAGAUUGACUUGGUGCAAGUUGAGGGACUGGCAGAUUUAUUAAGUGCUGAAACGGAAGCUCAGCGUGGGCAGGCACUUCGACAGCUUUCUGGUGACAUUGGAGAUAUCUAUGAAGGCUGGCGCGACAGCCUUGUCAAGUGUCUGGCCCACACGGAGGCCAUGAUCGACUUUGGUGACGACGAAGAUGAUGUCACGGAUGCUGCCUACGAGACUGCGAUUGAUCGCGUCCGUACGCUUGCGGAUUCGAUUCGAGGUCAUCUGGCAGACGGUAGAAAAGGAGAAAUUCUGCGCAGUGGGGUCCAGGUAGCUAUCAUCGGCCCGCCUAAUGCGGGUAAGAGCAGCUUGUUGAACGUGCUUGCGCGUCGGCCUGCAGCCAUUGUAUCAUCUAUUGCUGGAACGACACGAGAUGUGGUGCAAGUGCCCUUGAAUAUUGCCGGGCUCCCUGUAAUUGUUAGCGAUACUGCCGGGCUGCGCGAAACAGAAGAUCUUGUUGAAAAAGAAGGCGUUUUGAGGGCGCAGCAGUGUGCCAGUGAAGCAGAUAUAUGCGUGGUAAUGAUGGACAUUAAGAAUGCCAACCAGCUCCACAGUGAUGAAUACCAGUUGUAUCUGAAAAGAGGCGCAAUCGCUGUGCUGAACAAGAGUGACCUGGCGGACGAUAUAAAGAUCAGACAGAUGCUGGAUUCCUUUGACACGAAGCAACGCAGUCAGCUGGUCGUUAUUUCUUGUGCAGAGGCUGAAAACAUUGACGUCUUUGUCGACAAGCUCUCGACCAUUGUAAAAGAAAAGUUACAGGUCACAAGGGCUACUAAUGGUGCACUGAUCACGCGAGAGCGUCAUCGGCAGAAUCUAGUCGAGUGUUUAGCAUGUCUAGAUCGCUUCUUGGCUAAUCCUUACCAGAGCGAGAUUGGUGCGGAAGAUCUUCGUCGAGCCGUCAUGGCAAUUGGCCGAAUUCUCGGUCGAAUCGACGUCGAGGACGUUCUAGAUGUGCUUUUUACGGACUUUUGUAUCGGAAAAUGA